GCUCCGAGAGAAACGAGAGAAGCACAGAGCUGCACUCUUGCACGCACGCACAGCGCUGCGAACCAGAGCAUCGCUCCUCCGCCUCUUUCCCCUUACCCGACGAACGACGUGGUGGGACUGCGAAGUUGCUCUAAGGAGAGCCGGGAUCGAUCGCGACGCACACCUGGAUAAGCGCGGAGGGAGCAGCGAAGGGACCAGAGCGCGUCGAUUUGGAACGCGAACAUCAUGCUCGGCAAGCAGCACAUGCUCUUCGCCCUGUACGGCAUCUGCGGGAUCCUGCUGAAAGCGGCGGCAACGAAAAACAAAGUGAAAGGAGCCCAAGGCCAGUUCCCAAUUGUCCAGAAUGUGACGGUGACAGAGGGAGGGACAGCCAACCUGACCUGUCGCGUGGAUCAUAAUGACAACACCUCCCUCCAGUGGUCAAACCCAGCACAGCAAACCCUCUUCUUUGGGGAUAAGAAAGCUCUGAGAGACAAUCGGAUUGAUCUGAUCCGAGCCUCAUGGCAGGAGCUCACCAUCAGCAUCCGCGAGGUUACGCUCGGAGACGAAGGGCUAUACACUUGUUCUCUCUUCACCAUGCCUGUCAAAACAGCCAAGGCCUAUCUGACUGUACUGGGGGUACCAGAGAAACCAGAGAUCAACGGUUUUACGAAGCCAGCCAUGGAAGGAGACCAGCUCACCCUGACAUGUGUGACUUCGGGCAGCAAGCCAGCCGCAGACAUCAGGUGGUUCAGGAACGAGAAGGAGAUUAAAGGGGCCAAAGAGGUUAAUGCCAGCGGGAAGACGUUCACGGUCCGGAGCUCGGUGCAGCUUCAGGUGGACAGGAACGAUGACGGUGUGGCCUACACAUGUAAAGUGGUCCACGAGGCACUUCGGGCUAUCCCACAGCAAACAACCGAGGUGCUGGAAGUGCACUAUGCCCCUCGGGUGGAGAUCAGGCAUUCUCAAGCACUUCCACAAGAAGGAGAUGUUCUCAAACUGGAAUGUGUGUCUAACGGAAACCCCUCGCCCGACCCGGUGAAAUGGACGAAAGAUGGAGGCAAACUGCCAGACUUGGACCGUGUGAUUGUUGACGGCAGAGAUCUCACUUUCAUAUCCUUAAAUAAAACGGACAAUGGCACCUAUCGCUGUGAAGCCAGCAAUCAUCUGGGUACCAACCAUGCUGAAUAUGUACUCUUUGUGUACGAUGCCCCCACUACACCCUCUCCAUCCACAACUCCUCCCCCUGUAGCCAUCCUCCCAGACACUACAGAUUCAUUAGGCUUCAAGCCCAACUCUGCGGUCACCGGUCAGAGAGAUCCUAAUGCUCUGGGACAGCAUGGUCCAGAUCAUGCUCUGAUUGGAGGAGUAGUUGCUGUUGUUGUGUUUGUCACUCUGUGCUUAAUCAUCGUACUGGGACGAUAUCUGGCACGGCAUAAAGGCACAUAUUUGACAAACGAGGCCAAAGGAGCAGAUGAUGCCCCUGAUGCAGACACAGCCAUUAUCAACGCAGAUGGUAACCACGCACACACAGAGGAAAAGAAGGAGUACUUCAUUUAGACCCCACUCCACUUGUCUCUCUCUCUCCCUCUCUCUCUCUCACUCGUUCUCUCUCUCGCUCUCAUUCCCUGCUCCACAUAGAAACCUUGUCCGGCAGCAGCGGAAGUUUCUUCUUCACACAUGUCCUAUGUUCUUUAUUUGCAUUCAUCUUAUUUUCCUUUUAUCAGCUUGUCCUGAAUUUCACCUGCUACUUUUCCCAGACAUGGCUGCCGAUAAUCUUUGCCCUUUAUUUGGUUUUUUUUUAUAUUAUUAUUAUUCACAUGGUUCACAUUGUGUCUGUAAAAAUAACAAAAAACAAAACAAAAAGUGAAUUGUUGGCCAAACCACCUGAAUCCAGUUCAAUACUUCACUUUACUCAAUACUUCAGAAGUCCUCCACCAUCACUUUCUCACAGUGCCUCAAUAUAAUAAUCAAACAUCCAUCCGAGGUUUUAGUCAAUGCCUUCAGUGGGGUCGAGUGUUUUAGGAUUGGCUGCUCGCUUUUUUGUUUCUCCAAUCUUCAGCACUAUUACGAACGCAGUAUCAUCUCUAAUGUAUAUAUGUAUUUUUGUUCCUUUUUACUCUUUACAGUCCAUUCCAACACUGUUGUAAUUUUUCUUCAAUUUAAAAAAGAAUAUAUAUAUACAGGAAAUCAUUUUCUUAAGAAAAGUAGCUGAUACCCGUUUUAACUUACAGAAAAAUGCUGACCAGUGAUUAGUGUGUGUUCCAUAGUGUGAGUGAAGAUUUACGCAAUCAGACUGAUAGCUCGCACUCAUAUUAACCAGUAUUUGUACCUGAAAUGUAGAUAAUGGCAAGAAGCCUAUAUGAUAGUUCAAGGGUCAUGAAGCAUCGGCUGAAUACUCCCAUGUUUUACAUCAUAGAAAUAAAAGAUAGCUAGUAUGAUAGAAGGCCAGGGGUUGUAGGUUGAAGACAUGCCGGUGACCAUUUUUCUUUUCUAUACUCAUCAAUUUGCUGUGUCUUUGUGAAACACUGUGACUCGGGCUCAUCUAUGUAUUCCUGCACUGUCUCACUCAAACUGUAGGAUGCAGUGGCUGUGUUCACAUUACAGAUAUUUUGUUCAAUUUCUUUGGCUAAUGAACAGAUUUUUGCCAUGGAAAAGAAGUAAAGAAGUAGGUACACAUGUUUAUGUAUACACACCGAUCAGGCAUAACAUUAUGAUCAGUGACAAGUCAAUGACAAGUCAUGGCACCUGUUAGUGGGUGGGAUAUAUUAGGCAGCAAGUCAACAUUUUGUCCUCAUAGUUGAUGUGUUAGAAGAAGGAAAAAUGGACAAAAGGGCCAAAUUGUGAUGGCUAGACUACUGGAUCAGAGCAUCUCCAAAACUGCAGCUCCUGUGGGGUGUUCCCGGUCUGCAGUGGUCAGUAUCUAUCAAAAGUGGUCCAAGGAAGGAACAGUGGUGAACCGGCGACAGGGUCAUGGGCGGUCAAGGCUCAUUGAUGCACGUGGGGAGUGAAGGCUGGCCCGUGUGAUCCGAUCCAACAGACGAGCUACUGUUGCUCAAAUUGCUGAAGAACUUAAUGCUGGUUCUGAUAGAAAGGUGUCAGAAUACGCAGUGCAGGACGGGUCAGGGCUGUUCUGGCAGCAACAACACAAUAUUAGGCAGGUGGUCAUAAUGUUAUACCUGGUCAGUGUAUAUCAUGUGUAGGAUGCAGCAACACAAAAAAAUUGUUUUAAAAGACUGUUAAGGUGAAACUGGACAAUGUAGAUGGAACAUAAAUUUAUGUAGUAGCUAUAGUAUCUCUUUCACAGAGGCUUGUAUGGCAAACGUUUAAUGUGCAGUGAUUUAGGGAAACUCGACAGACGUUUCUAUUUAUUUGGGUCUGGAGCCACGACUGAAAGUGACCUAAAAUAUAAAUAUAAAAUAUUUCCAAAAUGAACAACAUCUGUCAACUGAAUGACAGGAAUCAAAACGCAUUUCUAAACAUGUCAACAGUUGUAGCAACAGAAUAAACAUUUCCAAUGAAUAAAUAUGCCUUCAACAAGUCUGUAGAAACUGCAGUCUCGCAGCAGCUGCUUUGCUGCAUAAUAUUUAUUUCAAUACUAUCACUUCAUAGUGCCAUCCAACUAACACCAGACACAAGCUCUGGCAACGAUAUUGGACUAAUAAUUAGUAGAUAGUUGAAAAAUAGAUUUGAAGUGUGUUGCUGGCUUUUAAAUUCAUGCAGCUUAUAAAAAUCAGACCUGUGUCACAUGCAGGCACCUUUCUAGUUUCCCACCCUGUAAUGUGAAUAUAAUCCAUCACUGCACAUGGACAUGUAUACACAACAUCUGCAGAUUACAUACAUCAUAAUCAUCAGCAUGAACAUUUGAAAUGAUAAAUCAUCAGUCAGGAACACAGACUAACAGGCUCUUUGCGACAAUGUCUAAGCCUAAUAAUAAUAAUGAUAAUAAUAAUCAGUCCAGAAAGUCAUGAUGAUGUUAACUGUCAUUUAGUGUCCACUUUUUCUGAUGAUUCGAUAAAAUGUAGAAGCACAAGAAGGUUUGGACUCGCAAAAGAGUCAAAGAGUGACUGUUAGAUAUCACACACUGAUUAUGGUUGUCUGUGAUGAUCAGGAAACAUCACUGAGACUAAUCGGAACUUUUAUGCACCAGUGAACAUUAUGUAGAACAUAUAUUACGGUCAUAUUCUUCUUCUUAAUAUUAUUAUUCCUUCUUUUGGAUCUCUGUAAUAAAUAGGCGCCCUUGUUAAUACGGCUGUAUAUUACAUCUGCUUAAUGUAGUAGGUAGUGAGAAUUGUUGUCAGACAUUGGGACCCCACAUAUCAAGAAGUUUGUAUAUUAGCCUAUUAUUCCUAUUAUUUUUUUUGUUUGUUUAUUGGUCCAUGGGGAUUCUUCACAAGCGCUCUACAUCCUUUUUUAUUUCACCCAGUUUUAAUUUGAACAUGAGGUGUAUAUACUGUACAAGUAUUACAUUUGGUAUAAAAAAAAAACAUUUUGAUGUGACGAUUUUAUUUCAGAUCUUAUAGUUAAAGGAAGGAAAAGAGGAAAUAGCGGUUAAAUAUGCCUAUGAGGACUGAUAAUAGAUGCUGCAAAUUAAGGUAGUGUUGGAAAGUGGACAUUUAGCACUUAAUUCAAACCUUUAAUGUAUUAUUGGUCAGAGUGCAUACUGUAGUUAAUGGACCUGAGGGAUUGAUAGCUCACUGUCAGUUUUUUUCUUGUGUAGAAAGAAAAUUAUUAAUGCUGGGGAGAUAAUGCAGACAAAAAAAAGGUUUUUAUAAAAUCCCUAGUAUUCAACAAACAUACAAGCAGGCUCAAAUCUUAUAUUUCUAGUUUCAUGCCUCAUCCAUAUACGCAUAUAAAAAAAAUAUAUAUAUUAAAAAUGAAAAAAAAAAAAUCCAUCCAGCAGCAGCAUGACCUUAUUGUACAGCGUCAAUAAACCAAACAAAUCUGUCGUUGGCUCUGUGAUAAUGUGACGUAAAAUGAAUCAGAGGAAGAUAUCACAGGGAAGGAGUGGGACAAAAGCAUUUGAUAUGGCGAAAGGACACCCGUCAAUUUGUCAUUGUGUCGCUUUAGACAGUCCGGCGGGUAUUACACCUUUCAACAGUAUGGGAAUAAAACUGUGGGAUUGUUUGGUACAUCAGCUGAAACACUGCCAUAAGAGCUGACAAACUGUAGCUGAAAUGCACACCUGGUUAGUAGAAGAGUGGUCCAGGAAAAGACGACGGAGGGCUGUGUUGUGUGGGGCAGGAACAGUCAGGUGUUUACUGGAGACCAGUCCAGACUGGAAGGAACCACGGAUGAUGUUGCUGUCCUGUGAUAAGGAGAGAUGUGCAGGAAACUCUAACGCCUGUUUUCUGUCUUUGACCAAUUACAUUUUCUGUCAAAGCUUGCAUUUAUAGCUACACUUGCCCACUCUGGCUGUCUUUGCAUUUGAUGUGGGAGGUUAAACAUCAGCUUGUUUUGAUGGAGCAUCUUUUCAGACUUUCUUUUUUGUAGACUGAAAGCAUAUUAUCAUUUCUAUAAUCUCGCUGCUUCAUCCGGUGUACAUACUGAAGCCAUAUCGCUUUCAUUUUUUUUAUGUUGUGUUAAUAAUGGUUUCUUUAUGCGUGCUAGAGUUGAUUUUCUUACUGUAUCUUAUUGAGUUCUAUAGGCAUGCCAAGGCUGUAGGCUGUAGAUGUGUGAGUAAAGCAGGUUGAGAUUUGUAAUAUGGCCUGUAAGUGGACUUCAGAGCUCAGUGACCCAUGAAUUUAGAUACUGAAGGAAACAAACAUGAUUAUUUUUUUUUAUUUUUUUUUGGUCUAUCAUCAAUUCCUCUUUUUCCAUGUUGCCAGAUCUUUAUUUAGCUGAGUGCAGAUUGUUGUAAUGACAGCGCAGGUGCUGCUGAUGUCUUUGGGCUUCGUCAUUAGGAGGUUCAUCUCUGUACAAAUGUUUGCAGGUGCUGUGGAGUGUAGCUUUUUGAAAAGCUGUGAAAAUUUCCCUCGGUUCAGUCGUAACCUUUAAUUGGUCCUGUAAUGUAUGAGGUGAAAUGAUCUUUAACACACCUGAAAACUCUCCAAGGCACCAAUUUUAUUUCUGCCCUACUAGCUGCAGAAUGUUACGCUCUAAAACAUAAAAAUAAUGAAACACAUGCUGAGAUUUGCCGAGAGCGUAAAUCGAGAUUAUAUGUACAGGGGUUCUGUUAGAUAAAUUUUGGCACAUAGCUUGGAUACAUACUUUAUAUUUAUUUUAAUUUUUUUUUUUGUCUUUGUUGUAAUAAUAUUGUUCUUUAUAUUCAGACUGGAGAAACCCCCGGUCCAACCUGGUAACCAUUCCAUUGUUUAGAAAAUAAACAAAACUAAUUUUGGAUUCUGUUUAGUGGUUGGAGAAAGCUCUUUUUGACAGAACUGCCUGUUUAUGUUGCUUCUGGUAGCGGGAAAUCACCAACUCCUGUUUGUUCAUAUAUAAAUGAAAGAAUGAGAAUACGAACAGUAGUUUGUGAUGUACUGCACUGAUCUCACUGUAUUAAUGCAAUUUCUGUACAAAUGGAAUAGUCAAUGUUCCGUUGGCCGUCAUAUAUUACGCAAAGGGCAUGUGAUUUUGUUUCUUUGGCACUUUUUAUUUUCUUUUUCUUUUGUCUCAGGAAUGAUUCUUUGGGUCAUCUCUCUCAUUUGAUUGGACAGUUUUGCAAAGCACCUCUCAUCUGCUUAAGCUCUGUAUCUGUUACAUUUCAAUUAUAGGCAAUUAUAAUGUCGAUUAAAAACAAAAUCUCAGUGUUUAUUUAAGGUUUCGUUUUUCUAAUGCUGUCUCCUUUUUUUCCCAUGAUUGCAUGAUUUCUGUGGCUUUCACAGGAACAGACUUCAGUGGUGUCCUCCAUGCCAUAGUAUUUGUAUGAAGGAAUACACAGUGACCUUUAUUUCGUCUCUGACCAUAAGUAGUAGAAUAAAGACGAUCAUUAUAGUGACAUUAACAAACAGUGUCUAAAUAAAGAAGCAUAAAGAUGAGCUACGCAACCAUUCAGACCUGACACGUGUAAUAGAUGAGCAGGAUGAUAAUAUGUUCAAUGUGUAAAUGCGUGUAAGGUUUCCUCAAAAUGGGUAAAGGAUAUUUUGUGGCAAGACCGAGCUAGAAUGAUCAUACACACCAACCGACACCUACUGCCUUAUUAUCAUCUGUUAUAAGAAAAGCAAAAUCUAGAAGUUAUGAAUUAAGAGUGUGACAUAUUAAGAGUGUUAACAGUGAGCACUUCUUUUCACACCAAGUGGAUCAGGAAUACAGAAGCAGUGGGGUAGUGCUUUUGGCCCCUCAGAGUAACUUGCUUUAGGCGAGUUGGCCUUCAGAUGACAGAGGCACCAGACAAACGAUGGGAUCUGUGCUUCUUGAAAAUGAAAACACAUCACUUUAAGUUAUGUCUUCUGCCUCCGUGUAUUCAUUUGUUCUGCAAUUCCGUUUCAAGUGUAAUUAAUAUGUAUGGAAUGAAACUCUUGAAUAAAUAAAUGCCAAAAUCACAA